UUUCCAGUGCUUCGUGCUUGCGUGCCCCACUGACAUCACCAAUGCGCCAUCGACCAUAAACAAUCCAUCUCGCACUUCGAUGACAACUUGAUACUGCUUUUCAACACUUGCGACGAAGAACUUUGAACUCAUCAGAAACACUUCCACCAAAUACCUCCCAUCAUGUCGUUCAGCAACACCAACACGGGCUCCCAGGAUGCCGAUCCAUACACUUCCAAGAACCAGCAGGAGCCUUCGCUGCAAGAGAAGGUGGAGGAUUUGAAGACGUUCAUUGAUAAGAACAAGUUCUGCUUGCUCACUACCAAGAACACCGAGGGACUCCUCGUGAGCAGGGCUAUGGCUCUCGCUGCUAAGGAAGGCAACGGCAUCGACCUCAUCUUCCACACCAACACCGAAUCCGGCAAAACCGACGACCUCGACGCCAACGCUCAAAUCAACGUCGGAUUCCUCAACAACUCGGGCGAAUGGGCCUCCUUCUCCGGCCCCGCAACCGUCGAAACCGACCGCGCCAAAGUCCGAGAGUACUACUCCCCCGCCCUCAAGGCUUGGCUCGGAGACCUCGGUGAUGGAAAACAUGAUGGUGGACCGGAAGAUCCGAGAAUCGGGUUGAUUAAGAUUAAGACGAGUACGGUGACUUAUGCGACGAGUGCGAAGAAUUUUGUGACGAGCACGAUUGAGGUUGUGAAGGGUGCUGUUACGGGGGAGACGCCGAGUGUUAAUAAGUUGAGGCAUUUGAGUGAGCAGGAGGUGCAGCAGUGGCGCUCUUCUUCUUAAGUGCGUAAUGCAUUACCGGAAAACAGUUCUACAGAGGGAUGGUAUGAGGCUCGGCAAUGCUACCAGUUGUAGCUGUGGCUUAGAGAUACUGGGAAGAUAGAAUGACGAAUGGAAUGAGACCAUGGCAUUCAGUUGCUUCUUUCUUCGGAAGUUCCAUCUGCGC